AUGAUGAUUAGAGAAGUUCAUCAUCAUUUUGGACAUGCCAAUCACCAGACGGUGAUGAAUGAGGUGAACCAAAAAUUUUAUGUCUUGAACCUGCGUAAUGUAGUACGAAGUGUGUCACAUCAUUGUCAGUGGUGCAGGACAUACAGGUCAAAACCGCAGAACGUGCCACUAGGAAAUAUUCCUCUGGAGAGAAUAGCUCACAAUGAACCACCUUUUACAUGCUCAGCCGUAGAUUAUUUCGGACCUAUGAGUGUGACUAUAGGAAGGCGACACGAAAAACGUUGGGGUGUUUUAUUUACGUGUCUGACCAUCAGAGCAGUACACCUAGAAUUAGCAGCCUCAUUGACACCAGCGUCAAUGAUAAUGGCAUUGAGGCGAUUUAUCGCCAGACGAGGAAAACCAGCCGUUAUAUACAGCGAUAACGGGACAAAUUUCAAAGCUGCGAAUAAAGAAUUAUUGAAAGCAUGCGAAGAAUGCUAUGAGGGCAUGAAAAAUGAGUCAUUUAAAAAAUAUAUUAAAUGGAAAUUUAUACCUCCGGGAGCACCGCACAUGGGUGGCGCCUGGGAGAGGUUAGUAAGAUCAAUUAAAAUUGCGUUGACCGCUACGCUCAAAGAAAGGAGCCCGCGAGAGGAGGUUCUGCAUACGUUGCUUUUGGAAGCAGAGCAUACUGUAAAUUCCAGACCUCUGGUAACAUUCAGUAUGGAUAGUCCUGAAGAGGGUUUGACACCCAAUCAUUUUCUUCUGGGACGCUCAUGUGGUGAUCGACCACCUGGAUUAUUUUUAGAGCAACAUCUGACGGGUCAACUCAAUUGGAAAUCUGCACAGAGGUUAGCCGACCAUUUUUGGACAAGAUGGCUAAAAGAAUACAUGCCUACUUUAAUACCUCGAACAGGUAAUAACGGAAAGUUUAUGGAGCCUAAAGAAGGUGAUAUUGUCUUGAUAAUAGAUCAUUCAUUGCCACGAAAUACGUGGCCGAAAGGCAAGAUUAGUAGGACGCUACCGGGACCAGACGGUCACACUAGAGUGGUUGACGUCAUUACUAGCACAGGUAUCUUGAGGAGACCUACAUCCAGAAUAAUAGUCCUGGUACCCGCGACGCCUCCCAAAUGA